AUGGCCCACACCCGAAUCUCCAUGUACAUGCCCCCUGACAUCAACCCUACCCAGGCUGCCAUUGCCUACGGUUGCCGGGCCCUGCCCAAGCUCAAUGAAGAAUUGCAGUCAGAGGACCUGCGGACCAGACAGAAAGCUCUCAUGGCGCUGUGUGAUCUCAUGCAUGAUCCUGAGUAUGUCUACGAUGCCAUCAAGAUAGGCUGCCUGGAGAGCCUGAAGGCCUUGCUUAAGGAUGUUGAUCCCAUGGUGAGGAUAAAGACCACCGAGGUGCUCCACAUCAUGGCUACCCACAAUGUGGGCAGGGAUGGCUUGUUGGAGCAUGAUAUCAUUGUGGCCCUGUCCUUCCUGCUGAACGACCCCCAGCAGCUCUGCCGGGAGAACCUGCACCUUGUGUACAAGCACCUGUCCCAGAUACCUACAGGGGUCCAGAGCAUCGUCAGCAGUGGCCUGAUCCCCUCACUGGUAUGGAAACUGCAGCGGGAGGAGGAGGCGUCAGUCCAGAUGCUCAUCCUGGACACUCUGGCGGCCUGCCUUCAGGAGGAUGCUGCUGCUGUUGAGGCCCUAGACAACCGCGUGGUGCCCUUCCUCAAGGAGCUGCUCCUUAGCAACUGUGAUGACAUCCGCAGCAAGGCUGCCCAUGCCCUCAUGGCUGUCUGUAUCCCUCUGGAAGGCAAGAACCAGGUGUGGCAGUAUGAUGUGAUUCCCAUCCUGGUGCACCUGCUGAAGGACAAGGCUGAGGAGGUGCAGGCCAAUGCUGCUGGGGCCCUGAUGUAUGCGGCAGUUACCACUGCAGGGAAGUAUGCAGCUCUGGACGCAGAGGCCAUUUCUCCACUGCUAGAGCUACUGUGCUCGUCCAUGAGCAGUGUGCGUCUUAAUGCCCUCAAGGCCCUCACAAUGCUGGCUGAGGCCCCUGAGGGCCGCCGUUACCUGCAGGCCCACGUGCCCACCUUCCGAAUCUGUGAGAUGGAUGUUAACCAGGCCGUGCAACAGGCAGCCCACAUCGCCAUCCAGGUCAUUGAGUGGAAGCCCUGA